UAAGUAUAGAUAGACUCUCGUUAUAUUGCCACCUUCACGUUGUACCGGCAAUGGUCGUCCAUUUUUAUUGUCGAUAUAUCGCUACGCCGUGUAUCGUAAGAAACGGGAAUCCGCAGAUAUCGUAAUAUAACUUAUUAGUCAGAACCAAGAAUUUGUCCUUACUAUAAUUCCUUUCGUGGUAAUAGAAUAAGAGAUAUACAUAUUAAUUGAGAUAACAAUUGGCGCGAAUCAUGCGUCGGUGUAAAUACGCACAUUGCCAAGAUCACAUGGCGACGCGAAUCUCUGCACGUCCGCAGCGAACGUGUUAAAAUGCACAUCUCAACUUUUCGAGACGCAAAUUUCUACAGGAUCUCGAGAAAAGAAUUUUAAGAGAACCUAAAAACAGAUUAGUAUAUAUAGUUUUAGUUUUGAAAAGUUAUGGUGCAUAUCGGGAAAAAAGGUACUGCUCUAAAGAGAUAAAACAGAAAUGUUUUCAUCGUUUGAUAAAUGAUACUAUUCGAUAAGCGAGAUUACGGUAAACGAAUUUGCGCGUUAAAAUUGCAAAAGGAUGGAAAUGGAAAAACAUCGAAGGACAAUGUCAUAAAGGGGUAAAGCGUGGAAAAUGGGAGUUGUAAAAUUUGCAAGAAAUUCACGAAGGUGAUUGGAAGAAAAGGAGGGGGGUCAAAGCGGUACCGAAGGGCGUUGCAAAGAAGAGAGGAGCGGAGGGAAAAGAGCCGGCGGAGAGGGGAAAAACCGACUCAUAAACAUUGCGUGCGCGGUGUCCGUACUCCUUCAGUUCAAAGCAAAACAUCGCAGCAUUUCGAGCAGAACCGCGAUCUUGUUUUCUACCAGCCACUCAUAUUGUUUAUUAUUUCCCGUUGUGUAACAACGUCGAUAGUCUUGUCAAUGAGUCGUUACCACGGUUGACGGAAAGAAGACCGGAAACAACGAAAAACCAUCCACCUGGUGAAAUUGGCGGUUUCAGUUUUCAACAAAGAUCGACGUAAUUAAUGAGCCAUUCGCGGCGCUUUCUUUGUUUGUUUUUCAAACGACAGAGAAUCGAGACGAGGAGGAAUAUCGUGAAGUAAUGCAAGCUUCCUGUAUCAAUCGCAAAGGAAGAUCGAGAAGCAUCUUGAAUGCGAGUUAACUGAAGAGAGAAACAUAGGUGGAUAGAUUUUCACGACGUACAGAUAGAAAGUCAUUUCGUGAGAAAGCUUCGAAGAUGGAUCUGGUUUACAUUCCUGAGGUCUUGACCUACGGGUUUUUCAGGGCUCCUCAGUACCGUGACUACGAGCAGCCCUGGAAUAGAGAUUACUUCAGUUAUGAUAAAUCGACACAAGCGCAUUCGCAGCGAUUACCACAACAUCAUGAACAAAAGCUAUUAUCGAAAGAGAAUUGUUAUUUGUGCCGAGAAAAUAAAAGAAGAAGACUGGCUGCUUACAUUAGGGGAAAAUCACGAAAGAGUUCUUGUCAUGAAAUCCAUGAAGAAGAAGAGGAACUCGACGCAAAUGUUAAUGAAGAGAAUAAUACCAACAACAAUUCUUGUGUUUCGUCGGAACACGUUGUAAAAGAUAAUGAACUUUCAAAAGUUGACGAUAAAAAGUGAAACAGAAACUGAAGAAACGCGUUGCAAUUGUAACGUGUUUCGAUAAGACAAUCGCGUGUAAAAAUAUAUUACUAAACUUGUAAGACAUAUUUUACACGUCAUAAUUUUAGAACUGUAAUUAUUUAUUUAGCAUAGGCAUUUUUAUAAAGAGUGAAAUUUUUAAUUUAUACCUAUGUUGGUAUAUUAUCACCAUUUCAUAUAUAAGUAGUAACUUAUUUAAAAAAUACUUACAUUAUUUGUAAUGUAUAUAUAAGAUGUCAUAAUGUAUAUAUCAUUUAGUAGGUAACAUAAUAUCAUGAAAUAAUAAUAAGGUAUAUCUUUCUUUUUAUAAUUUCAUUUUUUUGUACCAUUAUUUCAUGAAAUUAAUGAUUUUGACAUUAUUCUAAAUGGCACUUGCAUCAAAAUACCUUAUAUGUACAUAAAAUGUUUGCAAAAUGUAUUAAUUAAAAUAACUAAAUGUAUAUUUACUAUAUACAUUUAGAUUAUUGAAACAUGCAUAUUGUGGAUAGACUGUGUUGGAAGAAAUAUUUUUUAAGAGAAAUACACUUCUACUUAUAUUUGCUUAUGUUUGUAUACAUGUAUUACAAAUUUAAAGACUACUAAAAAAAUAUGCUUCGUGAAUAAAUAAUGGGCAAUAAAAUUCUCUGAUUUAAUAA